AUGGAGAGCGUGAUAUAUCAAGAUUCGCCACUCGCAGAACUUCUCGAAGGCGAGGGCAGCGCUGAACCAGACUGGGUGGAUGCGCAAAGGGAUCCCCCGUCAGGAAAUGCUUCACCAAUCUCUAUAGCCUUUGCGCCUCGAGGUCCAUCCACCCUACACGCUCGCUUACGCAACAAACUCCCACAACCACUCACGAUACCCAGCACAACCAAAAGUCCUGUGGCAAAGAUACAUAGUGCAUGCUCGCGUGCAGUCAAUUCUAGGCUGGGACGUGCAGACAACGAGCGCUUCUUGGAACAUUUCCGCUAUAUCCUCGUAGCCUCUCAUUUGUUGAGCGAACAUACCACAAAUGGAGCGCUGAAACCCCGAUUCGCCGAUGAUGCUUUGGCAUCCCGCUCCAACUACAAGACCGUAUCGAUAUCCUUGAGAGGAGCAGUGGCUUCUGGGGUGGCGGCCUUCGUCCUGGUAUGGAUAAUCCACUGGGCAAAAGGCACAAGGCCUGGCGCAUUUGCCAAUAAGGGGCGCCUCGUAGUCGCAUUGGCAGCAUUUUCCCUAGCGAUAGCAGUAGCCUACGUCUACAUCAGGCGACAGUGGCUGCGGAACCUCCGACACCAAGCAGUAGAUGCGGUCACUGCACUCAUUACCAACUUACAUGCCCUGGAUGGAUCUACAUCGACUACCCUGACCUUUAUCCAAGAAGUGGAGCUGAUCUCUAGAGGCUACCGCAUAAGCAGCCCUUUGCCUCCUAUAACCAGGCUCGAAGAAAAGGGACAAAGCCGACGAUGUCAUAGACUGCGUCGGAGCGCCCGAAAUGCUUUCGUCGCCGUCAUACCGCUUUUCAUCGAACAGUGUCAAGUAGUUCGCAGUCUCGUUGCCCCAGAUGAUCUCGAGAAGUACUUGGACAUGUAUGAGUUGUCGCUCACAGACGUCAAAGAAGCUUCUGUGGGAUCCUCAGAGUUUGAAUUUGAGGACGCAGAUAGCUUACGUGCACUGCGAGUAUGUCAGUAUCGUCUAGAUAUCCUACGAAGACUCUUCCUCUGUUCACUUCUGGCUCUUGAAGCUGAUGGAGGGAAGUCUGACUUUCCUCGAUGGCGUCUCGCCAUUCAAGCGAUGGAAAGUCUAGCAAUCAUCUCAGGAGAUUGGAGCCGAAAAAUUAAUGUUAUACUGAGCGAGGAAGAACAAUUUACAGUUGCCUCACCAAAGCCGAACAUUCAAGCCCCAGGUAAAGAGCGUGUCCGAGGUCAACUUCGCAAGCUUGGAGCACUAUCCCAGGGUAUCCGUGGAUUGCAAGCUAAAAUGCAAAUUCUUCGAGAAGAAUCCAACAGAACGUUGGAAGAAUCUGAUGACGUUACUGAGCUAGGAGCCAGUUUAAUGUCUCAGUACGACUCUAUUGGCUCAGACCUCAAAGCUCUAAUACAAGCCUGGGAGACAGGUAAAGCAGCUCUGGCUGCAAACAUCGACCGACAAGAGAGGCGUAUCUCACAAGCUUCUGUAGACAUUCGCUCUCCUGCUACCAGUCUCAGUGGUCUUACUGCUGUCGAAGAAGGUGACGCGAGUGAUGCUCUGAGAGCUCUGAAUGGUGACAGAUCUUCUACAUCUGGACGCUCCAGUUUGAACGGGAGCAAUUCAGAUGAGGAGGUCUUCGAGGCCAUAGCGAUACCGCGACAGCGCCCACGAAUGACCAUGGAAGAACGGAAGGCGAAGCUCCAAGAUGAUCGUACACGUCAACAAAGUCUGCGUGAGCAGAGAGAAGCAAACACCAACAUGCUCAAAGAACUAGAAUCCGUCAUUACCCUGCGUGGGAAACCAACACCAUCUCAACACGGUAGGAUUACGUCUAUAUGA